ACACUUCAAACAGGCGAAGAGAGCGAAUGCUUUGCUCGCCACGAGUGAUGCCCGACAGGCUACGCGGUGAUGCUAAUUAAAAAAUAGAACUAGGCGAGCACAUAAGCGCAUUGUGCUCAAUUUUAAAUAGAACGAGGCAGCAGAAAGUUGACAGAACUGUCUGGAAAGGGAAGUCCGAAACUGGAAGCCGCGAAGAGCGAAGCGCGAUGGCGUGUUCCGCACGGCGGCAUCGACUCGUUUACGCGCCCGCGCGACAGAUGGCGCCAGCCUCGGUGCCGCCGCCAGCCUCUCCCGGCGGCCGUCGGCGGCAGCUCUCGGGCCGCAGAGCUGCGUGGCUGUCCGUUGCGGGAGGGCGACGCUGUUACGUCAGCAGUGGUGCGCAUCGUACUUAUACAGGCUUUCCGCGCAGAGUGAUCUCUUCCUGAGGGAGUCAUCAUGGCGGACAAAGGGAAGGACGAUCAGUAUGGACGAAGUGACAGCUACCGGGUUGCGGUCAACCCGCGAGUUCCAGACGAUGGCAGAACACCGGACGGGCGGCCUAGGGCUCGGCGGAAGGCAGGAAAGAAGGAACAGGACUUGGAUGACCUCAAGCAGGAAGUUAGCAUGGAUGAGCACAAGAUCCCCAUUGAAGAACUUUACGCACGACUUGGCACGAAUCCAGCCACAGGCCUCACAUCGCAACAAGCUAGGGAAAUUUUCGAAAGGGACGGCCCCAACUCUUUAACACCUCCGAAAAAAACUCCAGAGUGGGUGAAGUUUUGUAAGAACUUGUUUGGAGGGUUCUCCUUACUACUGUGGAUUGGUGCGGUACUCUGCUUCAUCGCAUACUCCAUCCAGGCAGGCACAUUUGAAGAGCCUCCCGAUGACAAUUUGUACCUGGGUGCGGUAUUGGCCAUUGUAGUUAUUGUAACGGGUUGUUUCUCGUACUACCAAGAAGCCAGGAGUUCAAAAAUUAUGGAGUCUUUCAAAAACAUGGUUCCACAGUAUGCCAUCGUAAUCCGCGAUGGCCAGAAGCUGAACCUUCCCGCUGAGGAGGUUGUUGUGGGCGACAUUGCUGAGGUGAAAGGUGGCGAUCGCAUUCCUGCCGACAUGCGAGUUAUCCAAGCCCAAGGUUUCAAAGUGGACAACUCUUCCCUGACUGGAGAGUCCGAGCCUCAGACACGCUCACCAGAGAUGACCAACGAAAACCCACUGGAAACGAGAAACGUUGCAUUCUUCUCCACAAACUGUGUCGAAGGCACCGGCAUGGGUGUAGUGAUCAACACCGGUGACCGCACUGUGAUGGGCCGCAUUGCCAACUUGGCGUCCGGACUGGAGAUGGGCGAGACGCCCAUUGCACGGGAGAUCUCUCACUUUAUCCACCUCAUUACGGGUGUGGCGGUGUUCCUUGGAGUGACCUUCUUCGUUAUCGCCUUCAUUUUGGGCUACCACUGGCUUGAUGCUGUGAUCUUCCUCAUUGGUAUCAUCGUAGCUAAUGUCCCUGAGGGUCUACUAGCCACUGUCACUGUUUGCCUGACUCUUACUGCCAAACGAAUGGCUGCCAAGAAUUGUCUUGUGAAGAACCUGGAAGCUGUGGAGACCCUCGGAUCGACGUCUACAAUCUGCUCAGACAAGACCGGGACAUUGACACAGAAUAGAAUGACGGUGGCCCACAUGUGGUUCGACAACCAGAUCAUUGAAGCUGACACCACUGAAGAUCAAUCCGGCGUGCAAUAUGACAAGACCUCUGCUGGUUGGAAAUCCCUCGCCCGCAACUGUUGCCUCUGCAGCAGAGCUGAAUUCAAGGCUGGCCAAGAAAAUGUUCCAAUUCUCAAGCGUGACUGCACUGGCGAUGCUUCGGAAUCCGCCAUCCUGAAGUGCAUGGAACUGGCCAUUGGCAACGUUAAUGCCUACAGGCAAAGGAACCCCAAGGUGUGCGAGAUCCCAUUCAACUCCACCAACAAAUACCAUGUGACCGUCCACGAGACUGAAGACCCCGACGACCCGAGCUACAUCAUCCUGAUGAAAGGAGCCCCCGAACGUAUCCUGGACCGCUGCUCGACCAUCUUCAUCAACGGCAAGGAGAAGGUGUUGGACGACGAGCUCAAGGAGGCCUUCAACAACGCCUACCUCGAGCUGGGCGGCCUGGGCGAGCGCGUCAUCGGCUUCUGCGACUACAAGCUGCCCACGGAAAAGUACCCGCCGGGGUACCCCUUCGACGCCGAUGAGCAGAACUUCCCCCUCACCGGGCUCUGCUUCUUGGGCCUCGUCUCAAUGAUCGAUCCCCCGCGUGCUGCCGUGCCUGAUGCCGUGGCCAAGUGCCGCAGUGCUGGAAUCAAGGUUAUCAUGGUCACUGGUGACCACCCUAUCACUGCCAAAGCCAUUGCCAAGGCCGUUGGUAUCAUUUCUGAGGGAAACGAGACUGUUGAAGACAUUGCUCAGAGGCUUAACAUCCCAGUUGAAGAAGUAAACCCAAGGGAUGCCAAGGCGGCUGUGAUUCACGGCUCCGAACUCCGAGACAUCACCCCCGAACAGUUGGACGACAUAUUGCGAUACCACACGGAGAUUGUGUUUGCCCGUACCUCUCCCCAGCAGAAGCUGAUCAUCGUAGAGGGCUGUCAGCGCCUGGGUGCCAUCGUGGCUGUGACUGGUGACGGUGUGAACGACUCCCCAGCUCUCAAAAAGGCCGACAUUGGUGUUGCCAUGGGCAUCUCUGGCAGUGAUGUCAGCAAGCAAGCCGCAGACAUGAUUCUGCUCGACGACAAUUUCGCAUCCAUCGUCACAGGUGUUGAAGAAGGACGUCUGAUCUUCGACAACCUGAAAAAGUCCAUUGCCUACACCCUUACCAGUAAUAUUCCGGAGAUUAGUCCUUUCCUGUUGUUCAUCUUGGCCGAUGUGCCCCUGCCUCUUGGAACAGUCACCAUCCUGUGUAUUGACUUGGGAACAGACAUGCUGCCUGCUAUUUCCCUCGCAUACGAAACUGCCGAGAGCGACAUUAUGAAGCGUCAGCCCCGGAACCCGCUGAAGGACAAACUGGUGAACGAAAGGUUGAUCUCAAUCUCGUACGGCCAGAUUGGAAUGAUGCAAGCUGCUGCAGGCUUCUUCGUCUACUUUGUCAUCAUGGGCGAGAGCGGCUUCUGGCCAAGCAAGCUGCUCGGUCUGCGGAAGCACUGGGACUCCAAGGCGGUCAACGACCUCAUGGACUCAUACGGCCAAGAGUGGACAUACAAGAACCGCAAAACUCUGGAAUAUACCUGCCAUACCGCUUUCUUUGUCUCCAUUGUCAUUGUGCAAUGGGCUGACUUGAUCAUCUGUAAAACUAGGAGGAACUCCAUUCUGCACCAGGGCAUGAGGAACCAUGUCCUGAACAUUGGAUUAAUUUUUGAGACUGCCUUGGCUGCAAUCCUCUCGUACACGCCAGGCAUGGACAAAGGUCUCAGGAUGUACCCUCUCAAGAUCAACUGGUGGCUACCUGCAAUGCCAUUCUCCCUUCUGAUCUUCGUGUACGACGAAAUUCGUCGUUUCAUUCUGCGCCGCAACCCAGGAGGCUGGGUCGAAAUGGAGACCUACUACUGAACACUGCCCACGCGUAGACUUUAUCUUAUAUCUUUACCUUGUCUGUUUUUUUUCUUCCUUGUCUCUGUUUAUCAUCACUUUAUUUUUCUUCUGCUGGGCCCCCUCCCCGGGGGGCACAAAGGUACACGGCACUUCUGGCAUAGUAGCCUUAGUGUUGCUAGGGGGAGGCGAGAGAGAAGAAAUAAUCGUCUGCACCUUCAUAGUUGGGGAGGAAAGGGGUUAGAGGAAAAACUGACUGUAAGCGCGCGCCCGUCAAGUGGACAACGAAAGUAUGGCCACCGCCGUCGCCACCACCACCAUUUACCACCACCACCAUCCACCAACCACCAAGAUACCCCUUCCUUCCAGCCCCCCUUCCUUUUUCUCGGAACUGUAGUAUUCGCAUAAGAGUUUUUGGUGUAGAUACUGUUUUUCACCUUUUUUUAUUAUUAUUAUUAUUCUGCUUCUACUUCCGUACUACUUCAUCCCAUUGUCAGUCUUUUCUGUUAUUGUUUUUCGUGUGUGACAUACUUAUAUGGUUCCUUCAUUGGUGUCUUUCUUUUUUUUGUGUGUGUUCAGAGUAAAGGGAAAACAAGAGCAGGAAAGUGUAAUGAGACACGUAUAUAUAUAUUAUAUAUACAUAUAUAUAGUUUUCAAAAAAAAAAUGGUUUUGGGUGCGUCCUUACACUGCAACAAACAGCAGCAGCAGGUUUACUAGCAAGUUCACGUGCAAGUCAAAGUGAACAUUCCACUUUCGUGUCCCCCUUUUUCCCCAACCUCACCACUCGAAAAGGAAAGAGAAACUGCUGCCUCAAAUGGGGAGGAAAUUAUUGUCCCUUGUUCUUUCGGUUUCUUUUCUGGUUUUUCUUGUUUCGUCCUUUUUUUUUUUUUUUUCUUUCUUAGCCUUAUCAGACUGAGUCUUUCUCCUCCAUACAUCAGCAAAAAAAAAAAAAAAAAAAAAAGUAGAGAGGUGGCAAAGGUUCUGAAAGAGAAAACUAUGUUGUAAUUACUUGCACCCGGUGCAGCUAGGAAAAAAAAAAAUCCUUCGACAUUUUUGGUAGCGUGUAUUGUAGAAAAUUCAUACACUAGGUAAUGGUGAGACUAGAACAUGCCGACGUUGAGGUAAAUACUAACUUUUUGUGGCAGGUCGUUACUGGUAGUGUACGAGAAGUUUCUUGAAAUAACCAUUCAAGCUGUCUCGGUUGUUUUUUUUUUUUUUUCUAUCUUGUUUUAUUUGUGUUUUACACAGUCCAUUCUUGUAUUUUUGUCCAUCUCUUACGGGGGAACCAGGGCUCUAGAGAGAGUGCCGGUGUUUUGGGAAAAUGAGACGAACUGUAGGUCAGCACAAGUAGUGUGCUCUUAAAUGUCGGAGUGCUUUGGCAGGUUUUUACUUUUGCAAUGUCUUUGUUUCAUUAAAAAACUGCGGCAGUGUUAUUGGUUUGUUUUCAUGUGCUCUUGUACUUUCUUUGUAACACAUGCUUGCCCCAUUGUUUUUUUUUUGCCAGGGUUACAUGCACUAACUACCCACAACUAUGAAACAAAAAAUGACCGCUAAAGUUAAUUUUUUUACACCGAUUAGGCCGAAGUGUUGACUUGCACGCACCGAACCUUUAGAAACAUGUUGUGUUUGUUUUUAAACGGUAGCGGAAAUUUACAUUUGUUGGCCGACGAGCGUUUUCUUACACGUUUUUCCAUAACGUCCCAUUUCACAAUGGACUUGUAUAGAUUCAGAAUAUUGCUCUAGAAAGUUGUAAAGAACAUAUAUAUACAUAACAUAUAAAUACGUACCAAUUACAUUUUUAAUUGUGACUGUCAUACAUAACUUGGCGUGCUCAGUUUUGCAUUUGAGGGG